CAGCGCCUCGUAAGCACCGGCCUGGCUGAGCCGGAGAAAACAAACUGCGUGGAGAGAAGCAGCAGCAUGAGACCUGAAGGACUCAGCGAGCUCCUACAACUGUUCUCCUGAGACCGGGAGUGAAAUUUACUGCAGAACAGAUUGGUGUCAAGCAUCCAGCAUGACCAAGACCCCCCCUCACCGACAAGGGAUCACGUUUGAGGUGGGGGCACCAUUGGAGGCCCGUGACAGCCUGAAAAACUGGUAUGUGGCCAACAUAGAGAAGAUUGACCAUGAGGAGGAGAAGAUCCUGAUUCACUACCGGCAGUGGAGCCAUCGCUACGAUGAGUGGUUUGACUGGAACAGUCCGUAUCUGCGGCCUGUGGAACGUGUCCAGCUCCGGCGGCAGGGCCUGCAGGAGCACACGAACCCGGGAUUUCAUAUUAACCAAAAAGUUCUUGCCAGCUGGUCAGACUGCCGCUAUUACCCUGCUAAGAUCCUCUCCCUCGAUAAAGAUGAUUUCUACACAGUGAAGUUUUUCGAUGGGGUUGUCAAGACUGUGAAGGGAAUAAAGAUUAAGCCCUUUAAUAAGGAGAAUGGCAAGUCUGCACCUCAAAGCCAAAAGCGUGGCGGCCCGCCAGUAAAACACUGUAAGGCCAAAGAGAACGGCACAGGCAGGAGCAACGGCAGGAGGCAUAGCACCUCCGACCAUGAUGUGCACAGUGACUCAGAAGGGAAAAACAACAAGUUAACUGUGGAACCCAGCAAGCUGCAGAACGGCACAGCGGACAAGAGCGAAGUAACAGAGAGGGUAAACGGGACUGCGGAGACAGAGGAGACGUCGCCCAGAGGAGAAGAGAAGACCAAAGUACCAGAGAACAGAGAAGAGGAGGUGAGAGAGUUGAAUGGAGGAGCAGAGGAGGAGAAAGCAGACACGCUUCAGAAUGGCACUCAUGAGAGCAAUGAGGAGAAACAGGAGAAAGAUGAAGCGUCAGAUCCUGGUCCCGGCCUGGCCACGAGGACAAGGAGCAAGGUGGCAGCUGAAGGCAAAGAUGCAGAAAAGCCAAACGUGCCAGAACUGAGGAAGCGACGCGCAUCCUCAGGACAAGCGCCUCCGUCCAAGAGGAGCAGAGCCAACUCAAGUACAGACAGAACCAGUCGAUCACACAUCCUGCCUGCUAAACCAGAUUCCAUCCAAAAAAGCUCAGAAGAUAAAGAGGGCCACACUCAGCCAGUCCAUCCAGAGACCCCUAACCCUACAGGAGAGUCAGGGCCCACGGCUGAUCAUGCGGGAUUAAUGCAGCGGCAAACUCACCUUCCAACCUCCAAUAAAUACAGCAGGGAACCAUUGUACAGAGUCAUCAAAAACCAGCCGCCACCCAUCCUCUCCAUUGAGCUGGACCACAACCCCUUUAAGUGCCAGGUCCCCGGCUGCACAAAGUCCUUCCGCAAAGCCUCUCUCCUACACUACCACAUGAAGUACUACCACUCACAGAGUGACCUGAGCCCCACCUGCAGCGUCCAGGCGCGAGCCUCCGACCGGCAGCCCCACUGCCAGGAGACCCCCCGCAGGCGCCGCACUGUUUCUGCGUCACUAGACACUCCAUCUCCUCUGAGUGACAGCAAGUCUGGCCACACUCAGUCACCCCCUACUGCCAAUGGCGUGCAUCGCCAGCGCAGUUCCUCCCACUGCGAGCGAAGCAAAGAAAACCAGCACGCCAACCGCUCCCUCCAUGACGACAGAGACUGGGUCACCAUGGAAACAGAACGAGAGAAACGACGAGAGAGGAGACAAAGAGAUUUAUUCUGCAUCAAGUCAAAGAAAAAGAAGAAGAAGAAAAAGAAGUCCAAGUCAGACUCUCACAGCAGUGAGAAGAGCACUGGCUUUAGCUCCUCCCCCUUCAAUCUGAAACUGUCGCUCAAAUUGCCCCUCUCCCACAAACACUGCUCCCACGCUGCACACUGCCCCGAACAGGAGCUGGAUGAUGGUGAAGACAGUGGCAGUGAUUGGUCCACAGAAAGCCCCCCGUGGAGUGAGGAGGAGUCUGAGUUGGGGCUGGGCCAGAACACACCCCUCUCUGAGCAGGGCGUGGAAGCCGUUACUCAUGCAUCGGAGAUUGUUCGGUGUGUGUGUGAGGUGCAGGAGGAGAACGACUUCAUGAUCCAGUGUGAUGAGUGUCUAUGCUGGCAACACGGCACAUGCAUGGGUCUGUAUGAGGACAGCGUACCUGACUCCUACAACUGCUACAUCUGCAGGGACCCUCCAGCUCAGAGGCAGAGUCAGCGUUACUGGUAUGAUAAGGACUGGCUGAGCAGUGGUCACAUGUGUGGACUGUCCUUCCUGCAAGAGAACUACUCGCACCAGAACAGUAAGAAAAUGGCCACCACGCACCAGCUCUUGGGCGACGUCCACCGCGUGUUCGAGGUGCUCAACGGCCUUCAGCUCAAGAUGAGCAUCCUACAGACACAAUCCCACCCAGAUCUGAAGUUGUGGCGGCAGCCCUGGAGGUCGAACGAGGGUGUGCGCAAGAAAUGGACGAGUGACUCCGGAAUUACCACACCUUCUCCCCCCUCUCCUCAAGCAUCAGACCCAAAGGAUGGCGAGCCUGAGUCACCGUCGCCAGUGGGGACCCCCUAUUCGUUUCACACCUCCUACAUCAGCAGUGAGCACUGCUAUCAGAAACCGCGUACAUACUACCCGGUGCUGGAGCGGCGGCUGGUAGUAGAGACUCGAGGAGGUUCGGAGCUGGAGCACAGCCUGCGCAGCAGCGAGGAUCUGCUGGAGCUCGCUGAGCAUCGAUACAGUGCCCCGCUGGAGUACGACCAGUGCAAACUGCAGCUGGCUGACUGCACCAUCGGCAGCGCUAAGGAGCGAGAGUGUCGUAUGAAGCUGCUGGCAGCCGCCGAGCGAGAGAAGAACUGUGUUGUCGAGAUAAAAGAGGAGGAGCCUGACCCCGUGACCUGUGACGUCAAGCCUGAUCCUGAUCUGCUGCUACACCAGCAGUGGCAGCUGAACCUGCUAGAACACAUCGAGGCCGUACAGGAGGAAGUCAGCCACAGAAUGGACCUUAUAGAAAGGGAACUGGAUGUUUUGGAAAGCUGGCUGGACUACACAGGCGAGCUGGAGCCUCCGGACCCUCUGGCUCGGCUGCCUCAGCUGAAACACCGCAUCAGACAGCUACUGACUGAUCUGGGAACUGUUCAGCAGAUCGCACUCUGCUCCUCUUCCACAUGAGGGCGCCAGAGCACACGGCUGAUAUUCAGUGUGAAGAGACUUGAACCCUGAACUGAACAGACACUGUACUGGUAUUGGUGGUGAGGCGCGGUUGGCCAACAUGUUAUGCUUCUAUUUUGAUGGCACGUCCCAUUCACCAGUCCUCUGGAGGAAACUCCAGGCCAAACGAAUCAAGCCAUUACAGAAAAGCAGAGAGCGAGCCAGCGAGACGGAAGGGGAGAGUAACUUGAAAUAAGCUUGGCGGUAGGUUAGAGACUUGAAUGUAUAUGAUGAGGGUUGUGGUCCAUUUUUGGGGCAUAAAUUACUCAUAGUUUAGAAUUUCUUGUUUUUUUUUUUUUGGGUUGAGAAUGCAUCUUAAAAUGAGGGUAAUGGCAUUAAAUGCAAUGUAAGAAACAUUUGAAACUUUUUUUUUCCAAAUUAUGGAAGCUUUUGUUUUUGGCACUUAGGAUUAUAGUUGUUGGUUAUCAGCAUUAUAAAUAUUCAAUUGUUAUAAUUUUGUUUGAUUGCAGACAUUAUUAUGCAAAAGGUAUCCUCCUGUGGCUCUGUAGGGAGAGAAAGAGAGAGAUUUGUGGCAAUGGCAAUGGGAAGAGUUUUGUAGCUGUUUUAAAAAGGAACAAAAAAAAGAGAAAAGAAGUACACAUGAAAUGUUAAUAUGAAAAUAUAUUUUAAUCUGAAAAGUAAUUGCAUCUUUCUUCUAUAUUUGUACUGAAUAGACAAUGUAAAUUGCCUACUGUGUAAUAAUACUGUUUAAUCCAUGUUCCAGACAGUUUCUGCUUGUUAAUUUUUGCUAUAACAUUUGAUCUAAACGGCAAUGUUAUUAACUGUGAGUCUGCAUUCAUAUUAAUAGUAAUAAUAUUAAUAAUAGGACAUUUAUCCUUAAUCUCUUGUGAAUACUGUAGUACUGUUGUUUCUUUCAUGUCUGCCUCUGUUUGGUUUCGACAUGAUGGCUAUUGCUUGUGUUUCCUGUGAAUGCAAAUGUUUUUACUGGUGUAUUUACCAAGCACAAAUGGUUUUCAGAUUUUCAUAUGGAAAAAUGUAUGUCAUUUGUUCCCCAUUUUUCUCUCCGUUUUAGGAUCCUGAAACAUUCUGUACUGUCAUUUCCAAAUGGGUAUAUUUUCCAUGUUUUACGUUUUCGAGGCUUUAGCUCUCUUUUUUUAUUUAUUGUAAUUGAGAAUUUAAGUUAUUGGUUUUGCUAUAUCUUUGUUUUUCUUUCAUUCAUUCAUUCACUCGAUCAGUUAUGUAUUCUUUAUACAAACCUGUUUUUUUUUUUUUUUUCUCCUCCCCUCUCCCCCCAACCCCCCCUUAUUCUGCCUGACCCCAAAGCUACCCUGCCCUGCACAUUUUACUGGUAAUCAGAUUUGUUUGGAACAAGGGGAGGUAAAAGAAAAGACUGCUGCUUUAUAACAAAAGUACUUUUCACCUGUUAAAUCGUCCCAGAACACAUCAGAAGGGAAAGGAUUUGGACAGUCUGUAUAAUAACCAGUAAAUCUACAUUUUUAGAUUCACCAAUAAAACGAUCCUGCUAUAUAAAUAUACAGCUCUAAAUAUUCCGUUUCUGAAUCACUUUCUCUGAUUUUGCUAUUUAUAGGUAUAUUUAUUUGCAGAAAACAAGAAAUGGUCUGAAAUAACAAAAAGAUGCAGAGCUUUCAGACCUCAAAUAAUGCAAAAAAAAAGUUUAUAUUCAAUAAGUUUUAAGAGUGCCGAAAUCAAUAUUUGGCGGAACAAUCACAGUUUUCAUGCAUCUUGGCAUGUUUUCCUCCACCAGUCUUGCACACUGCUUUUGGAUAACUUUAUGCCACUUCCUAGGGCAGACACCUUCAAGCAGUUCGUGUCAUCAUCAAGACACUUAUAUUUCAUAAUGUCAUAGCGGUGUAAGAAGAUAAUGAUGUAUCAAAGUAUCACAAUAUUUUUUUGUUUGUUUUAUCGUUUAUAUGUAACGAUUGGUGUCUAAAAGUGGAUCGUUUAGUGUUUGUUUAAAUUCUGACCACUAGAUGCCAGUGUUGUUCUCUGAGAUCUUGGACAGCCAAGAGACAACCUUAAUAUAUCAUUUAUCAUUUUCUUAAAUGGUGUAGAAAAUAUUAAACAAAGCUGAUUAAAAGUUCAUUUUCAACCAAACACUAUUCUUACUAUUCUCAGAAAUGUACUACCACUUGACAGAUGAUCAUGCCCAUGAUCAAGAACAGAAAGUGAUAAAAGUGCAGGGCAGAGUGCCUCCAGGAGCAGGAUUGAGAAACGGUUCUUUAAUCCCUGUUGCUUUACUGUCUGUAGUGCAGAAGUUGUGGUUGAGUGUGUGUGUGUGUGUGUGGGGUUGUUGGCCCUUGUUCAGGUUAUGAUGAGAGAGCUUGUCUGUGUCAGGGGAGCAGAUGGUGCCACAGUGUGUGGUUAGUCAGAGAAAGAGAGAGAGAUGUGUUCUUUCUCUCCCAUCGGAUGUAAUAUUUUGUUUUUGUUUUGUUUGUUUUGGUUUUCCCUCCACAAUAUUUCAUCUGAAUAUUUUACAACCUGUGCCUGAGCUCGCUCUUCAGUUUCAGACCGCCAUAUUCAGACGCACACAUACACACCUUCCCGAAAAACUAUCUGUCUUGAGUGUUUCUUGAAUACAUGUUCGGCUUAGCUCCAUAAAUCAUAAAAGGGCAGAUGUGGUUUAAUUUCAUUUUUUUUUUACUUUGUUGUUUUGCUUUUCUUUGUGCAGCCAGUAAAUGGCCUGUUCUCUGUAUUUUCACUUGAAUUCGCUGUAAGUUGUGUUGCAUGUCUGCCCUCCUGCAGUAACAAUCAAAUACAGUAAUCAUUCAACAGCAAAAAAUUGAUCUUGAUUUCUUUUGUUUCUUUUGCUUCUGUUUUGUUCAUUUUGACUUUUUCAGUGAGUAUCAUUUUAUCUCCUGGGAAACUGGAGAAGUUCUCUGUUACAACUAUUAAUACUUAAAGUGAAGCCAAGAAAAUAAACUUGGACUGGCUUGUA